GAUCAACUACUUUUUUUGAACCGGAACUCCUCUGACCACAUUUCGCGGCCAAGUUCAUUCUCCGAGAAAAUGCAUAUAAAUCAGCACAAACCCAUUUACUAAAUCCCAAAUUCGCAGCUGGGUUCUUGGAUUCAAGCACUAUAGUCGAAGCUAUGGCGGCAAACGGUUCCAUUCAGAAGCCAGAGGAAGAAUGGCGAGCAAUUCUCUCUCCCGAGCAGUUCCGAAUCCUUCGCCAGAAAGGAACAGAGCCAAAAAGCACGGGGGAAUAUGACAAGUUCUUUAGAGAUGGCAUCUACAAUUGCGCUGGUUGUGGGACGCCACUCUAUAAAUCUACCACCAAAUUUAACUCUGGCUGUGGUUGGCCAGCUUUCUACGAGGGUCUCCCUGGAGCCAUUAAUCGCUUUCCCGACCCAGAUGGGAGGAGAACAGAAAUUACGUGUGCAGCCUGUGGCGGCCAUUUAGGUCAUGUUUUCAAAGGCGAGGGCUUUGCGACUCCCACAGAUGAACGCCACUGUGUCAACAGUGUAUCGAUCAAGUUUCUCCCAGCUGAGACUUCAACUGCUUCCCAGUGACAAUUAAAAUGAAAGUUUUAGUGCAAGAACAGGCUGCUUUCGUUGUUGUUUUUAUCAUUUUUAUUUUUUUUGUAGUAGUUUAGUGAAGUCUGCAUGGUUUGUGGUAAGUAAGUGAUGAUUGCAAGCUUGUAUGCUUUGUUUGUGAGUCUGAGUACUUGCUGUAUAGUUUUCUGAGGAAGCAGAGGUCACUUCUAGAACUACAAAGUGAAUUUUCUUAGGGUUUAAGAUGUGCUUUUACUUUCAUUGAUCUCACAAUGAAGCUUUUACGUAGUUAUCUUCUUCUUCA